GCGCUGGAGCGGCGGCAGGAGCGGAGCGGGACCGGGGAUCGCGAUAGCGCCGCGAUAUCCCCGCGAUAUCCCCGCCGUAGCCGCGCUCGGGAUUAUUACUCUUGGAGUUUGCCUUCUUCUCCUGCGGAUUACAAUUGCACCAUGACCCUGGAGGAGCUGGUGCCUUGCGAUAGCAGCAAGAUGCAGGCGGUGAGCGAGGCGGUGGAGCGGGUGCUGGUGGCGGCGCAGCGGCAGGACCGCCUCACCGUGGGGGUCUACGAGUCGGCCAAGCUGAUGAAUGUGGACCCGGACAGCGUGGUGCUGUGCGUGCUGGCCACGGACGAGGAGGACGAGGGUGACAUCGCCCUGCAGAUCCACUUCACGCUCAUCCAGGCGUUCUGCUGCGACAACGACAUCCACAUCCUGCGCGUGUCGGGCAUGCAGCGCCUGGCCGCCAUCCUGGGCGAGCCGCAGGCGGACUCCGAGCCCCGCGACCUGCACUGCCUGCUUGUCACGAACCCGCACACGGACGCCUGGAAGAGCCAGGGCUUGGCGGAGGUGGCGAAUUACUGCGCCGAGAGUCGCGACAGGAACCAGUGGGUGCCGUUCGUGUGUCUGCAGGAGCGCUGAGCCCUUCCCGGUCUGGACUUGAAAGGAUUAAAACCCUUAAAAAAAAAACCAACCUAAACAGCAGGAAAAAAAAACAAAAAAAAGAAGGGAGAAACAGCCAGUUCCAACCCACAACGCCCCACAAAACCCACCGAUUUUAAUUUUCUUUUGAACCGGAGAGGAGGAAGGGGGAGCGCGGCGGCUGCGGUGGGAAUGGAGGGAGCCGGGCCGAGCCCGGCGGGGGACGCUGGCCGGAGCCCGGCGGGGGACGCUGGCCGGAGCCCGGCGGGGGACGCUGGCCGGAGCCUGGAGCCCGGAUGGACAGUGGCCGGAGCCCGGUGGAUGGACAGUGGCCGGAGCCGCCGGCCGAGGAGUCGUGCAGGAGCUGGGGAGCCCCGGGCGGGCGCUGCGGAGCGCGGGGGUGACCCCCGAGCUGGAAACUGUCGCGAUUUUGGGACCCGAUGGAGGCGAGGACUGCAGAGAGAGCUGGAGUUUUAAUUUUUUUUUUUUUUUUUGGUGCACAAACUGCUUUUUCCAAGGAAUUACGGACAUCUGCACGGAUGGACUUGCACCCUCCGGGUGCUGCUUUUGCACUUGGACACCCUGAGCUGAAUCGUUUCCAGAGUUUAUUCUUCUACCGAGCGAGGAACUAAAUCUAUUUGCAAUAAAAUGUCUGACGUUA